GGGAUGAGGUCGAGCAGGUGCAAGUGGAGCAGGAGGAGCAGCUGGAGGAGUCAAGCAGGAGGCUGAUAGAGAGGGAGGAGGACCUGUUCAGACAUGACUUGGUCAAUGAGGAAGAGGAGGACGAGCUGCACAAAGACUUCAAGGCUCUGCAACUGAAGCUGUGGAAGGCCAUCAAUGACACCUUCACCCCCUCCUCCACCUCCUCCUCUGCGGGGGAGCUGGGGGUCCUGAGGAGUGCCAUGGCGUCCAUCCAGCAGCAGGAGGCGCAGGACCGGCGCUGGAGAGACUGUCAGGAGGAGCAAGUCCCAAGAUGGCGUCCUCAGAAAUGUCUCAGCAUCCACAACAUACUGCUCCAGAACAUGGUGGAGGGCCGAAUAAAGGAGGCUGCCGAAGACACCUCGGGAGGAACCGACCGGCUCUCCUCACCUGUGAAGAGACAGGUGUGUCGAGUGGGAAGAUGUGUGAAGGAAGACCUGCUGAUGGUGGUGAGGAGGGUGAAGAACUGCUACCCUCCCCACAUAGACAUCAUGAACCUCUACGCCGGCCUGUACCAUCAGGAGUUCUCGGUCCGCCUCACUCAGCUUACCACUGCAGGGCUGGACGACGAUGACUGCAGCUACCUGUUGUCCUGGGUCAACCAGUACUACCCACAUGAAAUCCUGGAACAUACAGAGCUGGAUGGACAGAUAAAGGUGCCCUGUCUGGGUUCUCUGCUGCCGCAAGAUGAGCUGAAGCGGCUGGAGGAGCAGUACCUGACCCACAAAGAGGAAAAGGUGAAGCUGUGGCUGAACACUGCCCUGAAGAAGGAACAGGAGAACUGGCUGAGUGGAAGGACACCCGAGAUCAUCGAUGGUUAUUACUUCAGUCCUCUGGCUGUAGACGUCAUACAGGUGAUGACCGGUUCCCUGUCUGAGUUCAGCUGUGCCAUCAAAGACCAGAGAAAAGUUCAGAGGCUCACAGUUCAGCUGGAGAACUUCCUGUACAGCUAUGUGAAGUGUGUGGAGGAGUUUGUGAAGGGAAACCAUGGUAAUGUCCGCUCGGUGGUCAAAGCUCAGCUGGUCUGCGAGCAGCAGCUCAGGGAUUACAUCACAGCUGAAACAGGAAAUCUGUCUGAGGAGCAGAAGCACGGCUGUCUGAAUGCACUGUCUGCCCUGAGGGAUUGUGGGUACAGGUAUCUCACCUGUCCUCUUCACGUUAAACUGAAGUUGCUCCUUUGUGACCUGCAUCAGGAUGUGGUCCUUAAGUAUGUGAAGAGGAUGAUGAAGACUAAGAUGAAGAGCAAGGAGCAGCAGACUGCCGGAGCUCAGCGGAUGAUUGAAGACGCCAAAAAGAUCAACAGCUUCUUCUCAGAGAAGGGCUGCAGCAAGGCCUCGUGGCUCUUCGAGAUAGUAUGCAAACUUGCAGAGGUCCUCCGUCUGCAGGAUCCUGCCAGCAUUCAGCUGGAGCUCGUCACUCUGGCCCGGAACUUCCCCGACCUCAG